AUGGUGAAGGUCGGAAUCAAUGGAUUUGGCCGUAUUGGGCGUCUGGUGACUAGGGCUGCAGUCAUCUCACAGAAAGUGGAGAUUGUGGCCAUUAAUGACCCCUUCCUUGAUGUCAACUACAUGGUUUAUCUGUUCCAAUAUGAUUCCACCCACGGCAGGUUCAAGGGCACUGUCAAGGCUGAGAAUGGAAAACUGGUGAUCAAUGGAAAAGCCAUUACCAUCUUCCAGGAGCGAGAUCCUACCAAUAUUAAGUGGGGAAAUGCUGGAGCUCUUUAUGUAGUAGAGUCCACUGGUGUCUUUACCACCAUGGAAAAGGCUGGGAUGCAUUUGAAGGGUGGAGCUAAACGGGUCAUCAUCUCUGCCCCUUCUGCUGAUGCCCCUAUGUUUGUGAUGGGAGUGAACCAUGAUAAAUACAAUAAUUCCCUUACGGUUGUCAGUAAUGCCUCUUGUACUACCAACUGCUUGGCCCCCCUGGCCAAGGUCAUUCAUGACAAGUUUGGCAUUGUGGAAGGACUCAUGACCACAGUCCAUUCCACUACGGCUACACAGAAGACAGUAGAUGGCCCCUCUGGCAAGCAGUGGCGAGAUGGACGUGGUGCUGGCCAGAACAUCAUCCCGGCUUCUACUGGUGCUGCUAAAGCUGUAGGCAAGGUAAUACCUGAGCUGAACGGGAAGCUCACAGGCAUGGCCUUCCGUGUUCCGACUCCUGAUGUAUCUGUUGUGGAUCUCACCUGCCGCCUAGAGAAACCUGCCAAAUAUGAUGAUAUCAAGAAAGCAAUCAAGGAGGCAGCAGAGGGACCCUUAAAGGGCAUCAUGGGGUAUACAGAGGACCAGGUCGUAUCUACUGACUUUGUCACUGACACCCACUCUUCUACCUUUGAUGCUGGUGCUGGUAUUGCCCUCAAUGACCAUUUUGUGAAGCUCAUUUCCUGGUAUGACAACGAGUACGGUUAUAGCAACCGUGUAGUAGACCUCAUGGCCUACAUGGCCACCAAGGAGUAA